AUGGCUUAUACCAUGAGGAACGGCUUGUCCAAAGAAACGGACCAGCCCUAUGCAGGAAGUGAUCAGCAGUGCCUCAACAACGGACACGCCUUGCUGGAGCUCUCUGGCUCCGACGACUUUGCGGACUCCGGGGUCCGGAUGGCGACCAGCAAAUCCGUCGGGCUCCACACCCUUCAUAUGCAAGGCUGGGAAAAGCUGCCAGAGAACAAGUACGAGCCACUGAAGCGGGCGCUGGUGACCAAGGGCCCGGUGGCUGUGUCCGUGAGUGCUGAUGGCUGGGAGUUGUACAUGAGUGGCAUCUUCGGAGAUUGUCCACGAGAUGCGGUCAUCGACCAUGCGGUGACGCUCAUUGCCUACGGGCAGGAGUACAAGACCAAGUAUUGGACCAUCCAGAACUCCUGGGGCGACAGCUUUGGAGAGCAGGGCACCAUGCGCUUGUUGCGCCAAGAUCAGGAGGAGGACCAUUGUGGUACCGACUACCAGCCUCAAAUGGGCACCGGCUGCGAUGGCGGUCCUGCCAGCGUUCAGGUCUGUGGAAUGUGUGGUAUUCUCUAUGACAGCGUGGUGCCAAUCUUCGGUCACUGA